CCACUGCUAACUCAAACCCAAGAUGAGAAAGGAAAAGACUCACAUCAGCAUCGUCGUCAUCGGACACGUAGAUUCCGGCAAGUCCACCACUACCGGCCACCUGAUCUACAAAUGUGGGGGCAUCGACAAGAGAACCAUCGAGAAAUUCGAGAAGGAGGCUGCUGAGAUGGGGAAGGGCUCCUUCAAGCACGCCUGGGUCUUGGAUAAACUGAAGGCCGAACGGGAGCACGGUAUCACCAUUGACAUCUCCCUGUGGAAAUUUGAGACCAGCAAGUAUUACGUGACCAUCAUUGAUGCCCCAGGGCACAGAGACUUCAUCAAAAACAUGAUUACAGGCACAUCUCAGGCUGACUGUGCUGUCCUGAUUGUGGCUGCUGGUGUUGGUGAAUUUGAAGCAGGUAUCUCCAAGAAUGGGCAGACCCGUGAGCAUGCCCUUCUGGCCUACACACUGGGUGUGAAACAGCUGAUUGUUGGUGUUAACAAAAUGGAUUCCACUGAGCCACCCUACAGCCAGAAAAGAUACAAGGAAAUUGUUAAAGAAGUCAGCACCUACAUUAAGAAAAUCGGCUACAACCCUGACACAGUAGCAUUUGUGCCAAUUUCUGGUUGGAAUGGUGACAACAUGCUGGAGCCAAGUGCUAAUAUGCCUUGGUUCAAGGGAUGGAAGGUCACCCGUAAAGAUGGCAAUGCCAGUGGAACCACGCUGCUUGAAGCUCUGGAUUGCAUCCUGCCACCAACUCGUCCAACUGACAAGCCCCUGCCUCUGCCCCUCCAGGAUGUCUACAAAAUUGGUGGUAUUGGGACUGUCCCUGUGGGCCAAUUGGAGACUGGUGUUCUCAAGCCCGGCACGGUGGUCACUUUUGCUCCAGUCAAUGUGACAACUGAAGUAAAGUCUGUUGAAAUGCACCAUGAAGCUUUGAGUGAAGCUCUUCCUGGGGACAAUGUGGGCUUCAACGUCAAGAACGUGUCUGUCAAAGAUGUUCGCCGGGGCAAUGUGGCUGGUGACAGCAAAAAUGAUCCACCAAUGGAAGCUGCUGGCUUCACAGCUCAGGUGAUUAUCCUGAACCACCCAGGCCAGAUCAGUGCUGGAUAUGCACCUGUGCUGGAUUGUCACACAGCUCACAUUGCUUGCAAAUUUGCUGAGCUGAAGGCGAAGAAGAACUGUUUGUCUCAAUUGGCCAUUUAAGUUUAAUAGUAAAAGACUGGUUAAUGAUUACAAUGCAUCGUAAAACCUUCAGAAAGAAAGGAGAAUGUUUUGUGGACCAUUUGGUUCUUUUGUGUGUGUGGCAGUUUUUAAGUUAUUAGUUUUUAAAAUCAGUACUUUUUAAUGGAAACAACAUGACCAAAAAUCUGUCACGGAAUUUUGAGACCCAUUAAAAUAACAAAAUUUAAUGA